CGACGGUUCGUUUGGACUCUGCCGAAAGGGGAAAGAGUAGGCACGUGACAAUUACUGUGAUCUCACUGUCACGUGAAAACGGUGGCCAAGGGCGCAAAAUCGCGGCGAGAAAACAGCAAAUGAACCUCACGUCUCCAACUGCGACAGCUCAGAUCACAACGCAAAGUCGUCCACGGCCCGAGUACAAGCCGACAGAACUAAAUUCACGGAAUGGUAAUAUAGGAGUCGCUUCUCAUUCCUCGCCGAGUCCUCGGGUGUUCUUUGAGUUUCAGUAAUACUCACUCAUUGCUGGCCUGCAACAAUGGCUCGCCGUGGGGAUACUCGCUCACCAUCACCUGUAGGCAGCACAUAUUCAUCAUCCAAACGAAGUCGCAGAGACGACGACCGCUAUGAGCGGAGUAAGCGAGACGACGGUCGGGGUUACCGCAGAUCUCGUAGUCCUGAACGCCGAUACCGUGAGCGCGAUCCCCGUGAUCGUGACCGAGAUACGUAUCGAAGGCGGGACCGUUCCAUAGACAGACGCGACGACCACCGAGACGAAGACGGCUAUCGCCGCCGAGAUCGCUCACGAGACCGACGUCGCUCUCGAGACAGGGAUUAUAACCAUGACUACCGCCGAAGAAGCCGGAGCCGCGAUAGGGACUAUCGAAGCAGGCGAGAUGACUCCCGCGACAGGGCCCGAAGACGGACAGACGAUUCUGCUGACUUGAAGCACAAGUCUAGACGGGAUGAUAGCCGAGAUCGGACCAGGGGCUUGGAGCCGAAAUCUCGAGAGCCCUCAAAGCCUUCAACACCUACGCGAGCUGCUCCUACGGACGACGAAAAACGAGCUGAGCGUUUAGCCAAAUUAGAAGCAUGGAAGCAGAAGCAGGCUGCCGAGAAAGAGCGAAAACAGAAAGAAGCUGUUGCCGCCGGUGGACCAAGGAACAUCCUGGAAGAGAUUGAUAGAAAGUCUGGAUUAUCCCCGGCUGUUAGUUCUCCCCAGUCUCCUGCCACUCAAGGCGUUGAUACCGCCCCAGCUCCAUAUGCUGGGAAGUUUGAUCCAAAGGCAAUUGUGAAAAAUGCUGCUCAAGCACCGGCUGCCCCGUCUGUUCUGGGAAAUGAUGUAGCUGUCCCGCCAUCGAUCACCCCGCCCGCUGGCCAGUUAACCGCGAAGGUGGCCACUAACGAAAUUUCUUCAAAUGGGACAACAUCCUCAGCUUCGUUGAAAGCAAAGGGGAAUGUGGGGAGGUUCGGGCUGGGUUCUAAGCAAGCAGCAGACACGGAAAAAUCAGCUGCCACCAAAACGCUCGGAUUCGGGGAAGAAGAGUCGACCCGGCGGAAGUUAGAACGCCUACCGACACCACCGUUAGACGACGCAGCUACCAACACAGAAGUGGAAGUGAAUGCCGAAGACUAUGACGAUGAUGUCGACAUGCAAGAUGGUGAGACUGAAGAGGAAGCUGCCGCCGCAGCCCGUGCAGCGGCAGAGCGGCGGGAGGAACGUCUCCAGAAUGAAACUCUCAUUUCGGAGCAAGCCAAUGGGGAUUCCCACGCCAAAGCAGAUUCGUCUGAUAGGAUGGAACUCGAUGCCCAGGAGGAGGAGGAGGUCGAUCCGUUGGACGCUUUCAUGUCUGAGCUCGCGGAAUCCGCACCGCCGAAGAAGGCAUUUGGGGCCAGAAUUUCCAAGACACAGCAACCGGAGGCUCUGUUCGGCGAUGAAAAUGAUGUGGAUGUGACCGCCGUUGGUGAAGGCGAUGCGGAGGACUUUCUCGCUAUCGCUAACAAGGCCAAGAAGAAGAAAGAUAUCCCUAGCGUUGACCAUGCCAAAGUUGUCUAUGAAUCGUUUCGAAAGAAGUUCUACACCGAACCAUCUGACUUGGCCCAAAUGUCAGAGGAAGAUGCGGCGAAUCUGCGGCUGGAGCUUGAUGGAAUUAAAGUCCGCGGCACAGAUGUUCCUAAACCGGUACAGAAAUGGUCACAGUGUGGGUUGGGAAUACAAACACUUGAUGUCAUCGACAAGCUCGGAUUUGAGAGCCUCACUUCCAUCCAAUCGCAAGCGAUACCUGCAAUCAUGUCUGGACGCGAUGUCAUUGGCGUGGCUAAAACGGGAUCCGGCAAGACAAUGGCGUUUCUCAUUCCCAUGUUUCGGCAUAUCAAGGAUCAACGUCCGCUUGAUAACAUGGAGGGUCCGGUAAGCCUAAUCAUGACUCCGACUCGGGAGUUGGCUACACAGAUUCACAAAGACUGCAAACCGUUUUUAAAGGCACUGAACCUCCGUGCUGUUUGUGCAUAUGGCGGUGCACCUAUCAAGGACCAGAUUGCCGAACUGAAACGUGGGGCGGAAAUCGUUGUUUGCACCCCGGGACGAAUGAUUGAUCUACUAGCGGCUAACGCAGGUCGAGUCACCAAUCUGCGCCGAGUCACGUAUGUGGUCCUAGACGAAGCUGAUCGAAUGUUUGACAUGGGCUUCGAGCCCCAAGUUAUGAAAAUAUUGGGUAAUGUGCGCCCUGAUCGACAGACUGUGUUGUUCUCUGCAACAUUUCCUCGUAACAUGGAAGCCCUGGCGCGGAAGACUUUGACAAAACCAAUCGAAAUUGUGGUCGGUGGUAGAAGCGUUGUUGCGCCGGAAAUCACGCAGAUUGUCGAAGUUUGCGACGACGACAAGAAGUUCAUUCGACUAUUAGAGCUGCUGGGCAACUUAUAUUCGCUGGAUGAGAAUGAAGACGCGAGAACAUUGAUCUUUGUUGAUCGCCAGGAAGCGGCCGAUACUCUCUUACGAGAGCUGAUGCGCAAGGGUUACCCUUGCAUGUCUAUACACGGUGGUAAGGAUCAGAUUGAUCGUGACUCUACCAUUGAAGACUUCAAAGCCGGUAUUUUUCCGGUCCUGAUCGCGACUUCGGUUGCUGCACGCGGUCUGGAUGUUAAGCAGCUGAAGCUCGUCGUCAAUUACGAUGCGCCAAACCAUCUAGAAGAUUAUGUGCACCGUGCUGGGCGUACCGGUCGUGCUGGAAACACAGGAACAGCAGUCACCUUCCUGACUGAAGACCAGGAACGCUACGCGGUUGACAUCGCCAAGGCCCUGAAGCAAAGUGGACAAGAGGUGCCGGGGCCUGUCCAAGCCAUGGUGGACGCGUUUUUGGAAAAGGUCAAAGCGGGCAAAGAGAAAGCCAGCAACUCUGGGUUCGGCGGCAAGGGUCUUGAGCGUCUGGAUCAGGAACGUGAUGCAGCCAGGAUGCGGGAGCGCCGCACGUACAAGACCGGGGAAGAAGGCGAAGACGAGGAAGAAAAGGAGGAAAAGAAUGAGAAGGCUGAGGAGCAGUUCAACAAGGUCAUCUCGUCUGUCCAAGCGGCCAAUACGCCGCUACCUGGUGUUCCCAAGGGCAUUGAUCUUGACGGCAAAAUCACCGUCCACAAGCGGGAGAAAGGCAGCGAGACCUCGAAUCCCCUCGACAAGGUCGGAUCCGCUGUUGCCGAUAUUCACGCGCGCCUUAGCCGUGCGGGUGUGAUGAGGUCUGGCGUGCCCAUUGACAACCGCGGUCCUGAUGCUGGCGCUUUCCACGCUACCCUAGAGAUUAAUGACUUUCCCCAAAAAGCACGGUGGGCUGUUACCAACCGCACGAACGUGGCCAAGAUUCUCGAAGCUACAGGCACGUCUAUCACGACGAAGGGCAGUUUCUACGCCACUGGCAAAGAACCCGGCCCUGGAGAGAACGCCAAGCUAUAUAUUCUUGUCGAGGGUGAAACAGAGCUUUCUGUGACGAAUGCGAUGCGGGAGUUGAUGCGGUUGCUGAAGGAAGGCACAAUCGCGGCGGCUGAUAGCGAAGCCCGAGCCCCAGCGUCCGGUCGGUAUAAUGUGGUAUAGACACGAUUUGUAUCAUACUACUUUUUAUUUCAUGCCACUGCCAAUCAACACUCG